AUGAUCCGCGCCGCGAGCUCGCGAUGCCGCCGCGCGCUCGCGCGCGAGGCGACGCGUCCGUGGACGACGACGACGACGACGGCGACGACGGCGACGACGACGACCGCGGCGGCGGACGCGCGGGCGUCCGCGCGACGAUCGAUCGCGAGCGGAUCUCGCGCGUCGUCGUCUCGUGCCGACUUCUCGUCCUCAUCCUCCUCAUCCUCAUCCUCAUCCUCCUCCUCCUCCUCCUCAUCCUCCUCCUCAUCCUCCUCCUCCUCCUCCUCAUCCUCCUCCUCCGCGCCGCCGCUGGACGACCGCGCGGCGUUCAAGUACUGCCUCGACCUCGUCCGCGCGCACGACUACGAAAACUACCUCUGCACGCUCGCGCUCCCGACGCGCGCGAGGCACGUCGCGCUCGCGCUUCGCGCCUUCAACGUCGAGACCGCGAACGCGCUCGGCGCCGCCUCGGAGCCGCACCUCGCGUCGAUGCGCCUGCAGUUCUGGCGCGACGCCCUCCCCGCGAUCCACGCGGGGGACGCGAGCAAACACCGGCACCCGGUCGCGGUCGCGCUGUCGCGCGUCCUCCCCGCGGGCGGCGCGCGCGCGAAGCGAUGGCUGAAUUCGAUCGUCGACGCGCGAAUGAAGGUGCGUUCUAUACACUGGUUCCCAUACGACCGCGUUCGCGUGGUGAACGCCGUUCCUUAA